UGUGAAAUUAAACGCAUGGCUGUCAUUUUGUGAGACAAAAUGUCUAUAACAACUUGCCAGAAGGUUACUCUUAUAUCAUGCUCAGUUCUCUGUGUUUCUCUCUUCCUACCCAGAAUGCUUUUACCCAGAGGGAAAAAGGAGAUGGGUCGGCCUGAGGUCGGACCUGGGUUCUACCCUCCUGUGAUGCACCAGCUGUCCUUGCCAGAGGACCCAGAGCGGUGGGGCGUGGACCCUUCACACUCCAUGGCACACAGUGCGGAGGCCAUGGCCAAAGUGAAAGGUGUCGGACGAGGCAAAAAAUACAAUCUGAUGGCUCAAGUGAUACCCAUAUAUGGCUUUGGGAUACUUCUUUACAUCCUCUAUAUCAUCUAUAAGCUAACAUGUAAGGGGAAGACUACUGAAUCAGAAAACCAUACAGUAACCAAGGCAAAUAUGGAGAAUAAGAUUACACCCGAUGAUGAGCUUGUCCUGCUUCAGGAGAGGCUUCUGCAAACAGAAAAGAAGAUGGAGAGAAUUGUCUCUGAAAAGACUCGAUGUUCUGGGAGUGGCAGAAGGAGGAAGAGCAAAACUUCUACAUCAAAGAAGGAGGAGAAAUUACUCAAGCAACUUCGACAGACCACACAGCUGAUCCACGAGGGCCGGCUGGAGGCCGACAGCCCUGAGAUGGAGGCUGAGGAGGUCCCGUACUGUGUCGAAUGGGAAGGCUACCCAGAGGAGACCUACCCCGAGUACGAUGAGCCCUGUAAAAGACGAGGAUUUGACAUGUAUGCACUGGAGGAACCCCCCCACCAGCCCACCGCUGAGGCCCUGGCAGAGAGGAUCGAGCAAGACGAGGAAGAGAUUAUGGCAAGGAAACUAUCCAUAGUGCAAGAGGUAGAUGAAGAGGUCGAGGAAGAGGUCGAGGAAGAUGAGAAGGAGGAAGAAGUAGAGGAAGAGAUAGAAGAGGAGGAAGAAGUAGAGGAAGAGAUAGAAGAGGAGGAGGAAGUGAUAGAGGGGGAUGAGGAGGAAGAGGAGGAAGAGAAAGCAGAGAAAAUGCAGUUGCUCAGUCUUCCUCUUUCCCUGCCUGCUGCAGAAAGAAAGCAGGAGAGACUUGGUUUGGAGUUGAGCAACGAGCUCCAGUGUCUCAAUGGAGGGGGAAAGCAAAUUAGCUUUCAUGAGCACAACGACGUGUUCCACUAUCCUAAAGAGGGUACUUAUGAAGAGGAGGAAGAGGAUGAGGUGGAGGAAGGCGAGGUGGAGGAAGAUGAGGUGGAGGAAGAUGAGGUGGAGGAAGAUGAGGUGGAGGAAGCGGAUGAAGACGAUCCAGUGAUGGAAGCAGAGAGCUUGCAGUUCAGCUGUGAGGGUUGUCUCAACCCGGAAGAGGAAGCAGAGGAGGAGGAUGAAGAGUAUUUGUUUCUGCCUGUGGAAGACGACGGUCCGACCCAUGCAGACGUGCACAAAGAAGUUGGGGCGAGUGGGCUGAGGAUGCGGAACAGGAGGGAGACGUGAAGGACUUCUCCAAUUACUGUUGUUAGUUACAGUGAACACAAUGCUCCUCAAACAUGUACUUUGUUUACCACUGAUUCCUAAUGUAUGUAAAAUAUAGAACAAGCUCACUGGUUAACGUAAAAGAGCUGAACAUUAUAAAGUUAGUGACUGCUCCUUUGCUCCUAUUUCUUCAUCAAGGAUGCCUUUACAGUUUCAAAAUGAAGUGUUAUGUCCAACAGAACAUCUGCAUUAUUUAGUCAUCAACCACGAUUGCCCCCCUUAUUGUUGUCCUUUUUAAUCAGAAAAUAGGUCAUGUGUUUUACAGAAGCCUGGGGGCUCACAUCAGCAACAGAUAAUUAAGUCUUAGAUACAUUAAAUAUAUGAAGUAG